UCGUUGUCGCCAUGCCGGCCAACAUAAGCCAGUGGUCCGGGCCGCUGUGCCUGCAGGAGGUGGACGAGCGUCCCCAGCACGCGCUGCGGGUCGCCUACGCCAGGGUGGAGGUGGACGAGCUGGGCAAAGUGCUGACGCCCACCCAGGUUAAGAAUAGGCCCAGCAGCAUCUCAUGGGAUGGUCUUGACCCAGGGAAACUCUACACCCUGGUCCUCACAGACCCGGACGCUCCCAGCAGGAAGGACCCCAAAUUCAGGGAGUGGCACCAUUUUCUGGUGGCCAACAUGAAGGGCAAUGACAUCGGCAGCGGCAAGGUCCUCUCAGAUUAUGUGGGCUCCGGGCCUCCCAGUGGUACAGGCCUCCACCGCUAUGUCUGGCUUGUAUACGAGCAGGACAAGCCACUGAACUGUGACGAACCCAUCCUCAGCAACAGGUCAGGAGAUCACCGCAGCAAGUUCAAGGUGGCGGCCUUCCGAAAGAAGUAUCACCUGGGAGCCCCGGUGGCGGGCACCUGUUACCAGGCAGAGUGGGACGACUAUGUGCCCAAGCUGUAUGAGCAGCUCUCUGGGAAGUAGGGGAGCCCUGGAUACUAGUGAUCCUGGGGACUCCCCGACAGAAUUGUCAAGUUGUGCAAAGCAUGCUGUUCCUUCUUCCCCUCCUACCCCAGUUCUGAGCUAGGAUAGAGGUUUAGGGUGAUUUCCCGCUGCCCA